AUGCUGUUAAUUGCACUGGCAUGGCUAGGCUCUGCACUAACUCAGUCCUCUUCUGUUGCCUUCCCCAGUGCAGCGCCCCACCGCCUUGCGAGCAUCUCACGCCUCAGCUGGACUUCUGAGAAAUUCCCCACAGAUGCUCCAGCGGCGCUUCAGCCGGCAGCUGCAGCUGCACAAAUGCCUCAUGGGACAAAACUGCCUCAUGAGGCGCCUCCAGAGGCGGGAGGCUCGCCGCAGCAGAGCCUGCGGAGUGCGAAUUUUCCCAAGUCCCGGGACUUGGAAGCGCCCACUGUUCUGAAUUCAACUAAGACCUCAACUCCGCAGCCGCAGCAACAAACCCAAAGACUGCACAGCAGCAGCAGCAGCCGCAGCAGCAGCAGCAGCCGCAGCAGCGCGCCGUCUGUGGACUCGAAGGCUGGCGCUUCGCGGGCGCGCAACAGCAAAUGGCAUCUUUUCUCUUUUCUGCAAGAACCCCCCAUGCCAAACACUGUUAUAGUUAUUUUCGUGGGCAGCGCAGUUGUUUUAGUGUUAAUAGUUGUGGCCAUCAUUGCGCACUACGCCCUCAGCUCCCGCACUCAACUGCGACAGGGCAGCGCCACCUUCGCGAGGCAGCAGCACCACGGCCGCCCACAGCAGCGCAACCCCUUAGUUCCAAGGCUCAGCCACGACGCCUUUGCCCCCGUGGUGGAAAGCCACCCGAUAUCCAGGCCCGAGUCUUUCAAUUCUCUUUACGAUUUACCUCCAGGCUUUAAUGAAAGAAAGACUCCGAGGGAACUGGAGUACGAACGGCGGGUAAUGCACACCCGCCUAGCGCCUAGAGCGGAGGAUCCGCAGCGGGAACAAACCCGGCGAAUGGACUCUCGCAGCACACCCCGUGGGAAGCUGGACAGCUGA